CAACCUUGAUGAAGACCACAGUUGGAUAAAUAACACACUCUCAUCGCUGCAACAUGACUGAGAAGGUGCUUAUACUCCUCGUGUUGAGUGUUCUUGUUGUAGUACAGUCCGCUCCAACAUGUCCUGAAGGAGAAGAGUUCAGACAAAGCGGUACUGCCUGCCAAACUUGCGAGAAUUAUGCCAUUGUCUUCUGCCUCCCGUCAGAGGAGAAAAAAUGUAACUGUAAAGUUGGAUACGUAAGGGAUAACGACAAUGGCAAUAAAUGUGUGGCGAAAAAAGACUGCACGAAGGAUUAUUUCCAUAUAAAUACCUAGGAUUUUUAUCCUUCAUUUUAUCUAAGUAAAACAAAAAUAAGACAGUUUUUAUUGUAUUUGCAAUGACUUUUGAUUUAUAUAUAUUUUCGAAGAAUAUAUAAACUUGCAUUCCA